UUUUAAGUGUGCACGUCAACGGUUCGCUGUCCGCUGCUCAUUCAGUUUCUGGUUGCCUCCCCCUUAAAACCCAGACGUGAACUACAACAAACACAAAAACAACAAAAACUUUCACAAUGGUCACCAACGAUCCCAAUCAGGAGGAACUGGCUUUGGAAACCAACUCAGGGCACAUUCAAGUCAAUGGCAAUGGCAACAUCAAUGAAAACGGGAAUGGAAUUGGCAACGGCGACAACAAAAUCAAUCAGCGUCAAUAUGAGCCGCGUGAAAGUUUUAUAAUAACAAAAAAUGUUGUUGUAAUUGGACUGGCAUUCAUGGUACAUUUUACCGCCUUCCAUGGCACUGCCAAUCUACAGAGUUCGGUCAACUCGGACAAGGCAUUGGGCUCAAUUACACUGGCAGUUAUCUAUGGCUCAUUGAUCUUAUCGAAUAUAUUCCUGCCCAUGACGGUCAUCAGUUGGUUCGGCUGCCGUUUGACCAUGAUUUUGGCUUUCUUUGCCUACAUGCCAUUCAUUGCUGCUCAGUUUUAUCCACGCUUCGAGACAUUGGUUCCGGCCGCCCUAAUGAUCGGAUUUGGGGGUGGUCCAUUAUGGUGCUCGAAAUGCACAUAUCUAUCCACUGUAGCCGAGGCGCUGACCCAAGUUCGUGGCAACAAAUCACGCAAAGAUGUCAACACUGUGAAAUUCUUUGGCCUCUUCUUCAUCUUCUAUCAAAUGGCCCAAGUUUGGGGCAAUUUAAUAUCCUCCUCGGUCCUAACAUUGAGUGGACCUCCAUCCGCAGAGUCCACUGUCAAUGCCAGUCUAACCAAUGACUAUGAAGACCUAGAGGCGGUCAUCGAAACCAACAGCAGAGUGGGUGAAUUAUGUGGCGCUCGCUUCUGUCCGGGCAUUGGUGCCGAAGUUAAUCCCAAUUUGGUGCCACCAGCUCCAGAGCAAAUCCAAUUGCUCAAUUCCAUUUUUCUAGUGUGCAUGGCCGGAGCCGUUGUUCUUAUGAUUUUUGGCGUUAACUCUUUAAAGCGAUAUGGCGUUAAGAGUGGAGAUACUGGCGAUGGUAUGUCUGGCCUGAAACUACUCACCGUUACAAUUAAUCUUCUGCGGAAGCGACGACAAAUACUCAUGCUGCCAAUUACAAUGUUCAUUGGGUUAGAGGAGGCCUUUUUGGCCGUGGACUUCACACGGUCAUUUGUAGCCUGUGGUUGGGGCAUAUCGAAAAUUGGUUUCGCCAUGAUUUGCUUUGGCAUUGCCAAUGCGGUUGCUGCGGGAAUCGCGGGAGCUUUGGUUGAGCGCAUCGGCCGUGUCUCAUUGGCGGCAAUUUGUGCCGUUUUGAAUCUUUGCCUGCUUAGCUACAUGUACACAUGGGAGGCACGUGAGGGGGAUUAUCUAACUUAUUGUACAUUUGCCGCCAUUUGGGGCAUUUGUGACGGCAUUUGGCUGGUUGUGGUCAAUGCUUUUUAUGGUAUCCUAUUCCCCAACCAUUUGAUAGCUGCCUAUUCUAACUUUAGGCUGUGGGAAAGUUCUGGUUCCGUUAUUGGCUAUAUCAUCAGUGCGCAGCUUUGUACUUCUUCAAAGCUGGUAAUCUUAAUGUGUGUCAUGCUGGUUGGUUGUGUUGGCUACGGCCUCAUUGAAUAUCGUGUGUGGAAGAAACAAAAGAAUCUGGAAAUUAUGUUGAGUGAUUGAUCCUUGUCAUGGAUCACAUACAUAUAUAAACAGAUGCUUGCCAUUUACAAAUUUUAAAAUGUGAUACUGUCAGACCAGAAGUCUAACAAGUAAAGCCAACUUAAAGUAUAUGAAGGUAGUUUAUUUUGGUGUUACUUGUUAAAACAAUUUAUAAAUUUAUUUUUAUAAGAUUUUUGUUACAAAAUACAUUUG